GCUCCGCCGCCCAGCGCCUGGCUGAGGCAGCGCUCAAUCCAGCUCGUCCCUUCUAGCCGCUCGGACCACCGCGCAAUACGUCCAUGCCGUCCCCGCUGGCGGCGGCGCGGAUGCUUGCUCUGCGUCAUGCGGUGGCCUAUGACGUCGAGCUGGCUCCACGCAUGCCUCCGACAGCGAGAGGGGCCGCUCGACAUCACAUACAUAAGGAGGCCCCUCAACGCCUCUUUCUUCCUGCUCCUCAUCCAGCUACUCAGCUCUCACACACACACUCACAGCCAAGGUACCCACUACUCCUCGGUCCGCCACACUCCACCUCUUCUAAUCAUGAACGGCAUCAAGAAGGUCCUCAGCGGCAAGCGCCACUCGACCUCGUCGGACACGUCGGCCUCGGACGUCGCACACACGUCGCCCACCACCUCCGUCGACUCGCACGAGGCCGCCCCCACGAAGAACACGACCGAGACGCCGCGCUUCCCCGUCGCUGCCUCCAAGGCCGAGACGUACGGCAUCCAGACCGGCACGGGCCGCUCGGAGGUUGUGCAGGACGUCGAGGGCAAGAUGAAGCACAGCAAGGGCCACGGUGUGCCCGAGCCGGACCUGAGCAACGGGCAGGUGCACCAGAGCGUCAAGCACCUCGGCGAGCAGGUCCAGACGCACAAGCACCACCACGAGAUCGAGGAGGUCGAGCGCCAGCGCAACGUCGAGACGCACACUCACCAUGUGCAGGUGCACCACCAGCCCAUCCGCGACGAGAAGCACCACGCUGAGACGCAGCACGAGCGCGUGCUGCCCACGACGAAGAUCAACGAGAAGCACGCUUCGACGGCCGAGGACGCCGCGCUGCUCGCCAAGGUCGCCAACACGCACGGCCACCGCGAUGGCGCCAUCAUCGACGGCGCCCGCACGAAGGAGAUCGUGGACAAGGGCGUCAAGACGAACCACACGGUGCACCACCACGUCACGAACGUUGUUGUGCCGCUGGUCGACGAGCACGAGCACUCGCACAGCCGCACGCGUGUCGUUGUCCCCACCGAGGAGGUGCGCCACACGGCGCCCGUGGUCCACGAGGCGCUCGUCCUCCCCACCCAGUCUCGCAGCGACUACCUGUCGUCCGGCGGCGUGCUCGGCGCCAAGACGAAGGACAUCUCGUCGGCCGGCCUGCUGCACGGCGGCGCCAAGUGCGACCGCACCGUCGACGGCACGGCCGAGCGCCUGGCCAAGGAGCUCGGCCUCGCCAGCGGCCCGCCGACGCCGCAGGCCGUCGCCUAAGCCUCGUGGCUCGUUGAAUAUUCCAC